UGGUACUCAUCUUUCGUCCAAGCGGACUGAAGAAAGUGUAAACAGCGGGGAUCUUUUUGAAUACCAUUUAUAUUUGAACAUUACGCAGAUAUAAUCCUGAUGAGAAACGAUUUGAAGAAAUAAAUUGUUUGUUUUCGAGGUGCGUGUGUGUGUUUAUCGGUCAGUUUGGUCUUCACUUCCGGUCAGCCAUAACACGCCGCUUUCAAGAACUUUGGAAGCUGACAGAACCCUUUUAUACACCCACACAACACACAUAUAUAUUUAUAUCUAUAUACACACCUCUCUCUCCCUCCCUGCGCAUAUAUAUAUAUAUAUAUAUAUACAUAUAUAUAUAUAUAUAUAUAUAUGUGUGUGUGUGUGUAGGUAUGAUCCACGUACCUAUGAGGACACGGUGUAGUGAAGAAAUAGGUGAAGUGGAGUGUUGAGGACAUUGAAAUGCUAAAAGAGUGUUUAUUAUGUUGGGAACAUUUGCAUUGACCAAUGGAAUUCUGCCAAAAAGACGCCAUCAUUUGGCAGUGUUUACUGAAAUGACCAGUUUUUACUAAAGGUGUCUGAGAGUAACAAUAUGAUCUGAGACAAACGUAUGUACAACAGACAGUUAUAAUAUGACUGUCAGUUGUGAUUGGAAAGUCAUUUCAUUAUAGGUGUAUCUUAAAUUGACACACACCAGUUCAUAGGAGCGAACAGCUGACUAGUGAGACAUUUCUUUUGAAGAAUAUUAUACAAUCAGCAUCAACUGAUUCAGAUUUGCAAUCUGUUGGAAGGUUUUUUUGUUUGAGAAAAAAUUUUUAUUUUCAUAGCAAGAUUAUUAAAAAAAAAAGAUUGUAAAGCAGGAUUGUCUGUGAAAUCUCUAUUGUUUGGAAAAUGUUAGAGGCAGAGGAGAAGCCUUACAUAUGUGAUGUCUGUGGGAAAAUAUUCUCUCAUGAAGACCACUUAACGAUUCAUGUUCGUAUUCACACAGGUGAAAAACCUUACCCCUGUGAUAUUUGUGGGAAAGCUUUUUCUUGUAACAGUUACUUAUCACAUCAUAAACGUAUUCACAAAGAAAAAAUACACCACUGUGAAUUCUGUGGGAAAUCCUUUUCUCGUACAAGGGAAUUAAUUUAUCACAUACGUGUUCACACAAGAGAGAAACCAUAUGAGUGUGAUAUCUGUGGGAAGGCUUUUUCACGUAAUAAUAAAUUAUCAGAUCAUAAACGUGUUCACAGCGGGGAAAAACCAUACCAAUGUGAAAUUUGUGGGAAAGCCUUUUCUCAGAAGAGUACAUUAUCAAAUCAUAAUUACAUUCACACAGGAGAAAAACCAUUUCAGUGUGACAUCUGUGGGAAAACAUUAUCAUCUAGCAGCACACUAUCUUGUCAUAAACGUAUUCAUAAAGAAAAACUGUUUGCUUGCCAAAUUUGUGAUAGAAAGUUUUCUCGAAAUAACGAACUAAUUUAUCACAUACGUGUUCACACUGGAGAAAAACCAUACGAAUGUGAAAUCUGUGGGAAGGCUUUUUUACGAAACACCAAGCUAUCAGUUCAUAAACGUGUUCACACAGGAGAAAAGCCAUACCAUUGUGAACUUUGCGGGCAGACAUUUGCUUGGAACAGUCAGUUAAAGAUACACAAACAUGCUCACACCGGAGAAAAACCAUACAAAUGUCCAACCUGUGGGAAAGGAUUUUCUUGUAGUAGUGGCCUAUCAGAUCACAAACGUGUUCACUCUGGAAUCAGGCCAUAUAGCUGUGAGUUUUGUGGGAAAGCUUUUCCGCGAAACAGUGCGUUAACAGAUCAUAGACGUAUCCACACUGGUGAAAAACCUUACCACUGUGAGAUCUGCGGUAAAUCAUUUUCGAGUAGCAGCAGUUUAUCAGGUCAUAGCCAUAUCCAUUCUGCUGAAAAAGCAUUUCAAUGUGAAGUUUGUGGAAAAGGGUUUUCUCGGAAGAGAAAUUUAUUUUCUCAUUAUCGUGUUCACACAGGAAAAUAACUACACUGCUAUAAAGUUUGUGAUAAUUUUUAUCAAAA